CUGCCUUGUAGCCCUACGCGCCUGCGCGCUGCCCGCGUCACUGCCCCCAGCGAGAUAGCGAGCCCCCACCGCACGACGGCCAGCGCAAUCGGCACGACGCCCUGCGCACCCACGGUUCGACACCAGCGCAUCCACGGUUCGACACCAGCGCCGCCACGGUUCGACACCAGCGCAACCACGGCACAACCCCAGCGCAAUCACGGGCACGACUGGCCUGGCACCGCGCAGCACAUCACCCACGCUGGCCGACGCACCACGCACCACGCCUCACGCAUCACGCACACUCGCCGAAGCACUGCGACUGCUGGUACCACCACCGCCGCCCGCCAAUUCAUACCCACACCCACCCACCCUCGAUGGCCCCCCAGGCCGGCGUCAACGGCGUCCUGCCCGUCGCCGUCCUGCAGCGCAACCCACCCGCCCCGGCCCAGCGCAACCCACCUGCUCCCGCCCAGCGAACCGCCCCCGCCCCGUCCCCGCGCGGCCCCAAAGCUGCCCAGCCCCGCCUGAAGCUCGUCCUGCGCCGCCUGGCCCCGGGCCUGACCAGGGCCGAGUUCGAGGCCGCCCUCGCCGACGAGUGGGCCGCCGGCGCCGGCCGCGUCGACUGGUUCAGCUACCGCAAGGGCCGCGUCUCCAAGGAUGCCGCCAAACCCUCGCGCCCGUCGCGCGCCUACUUCCACGUCCUCAAGCCCGAGUUCGUGCCCCAGCUCGGCGACCACGUCCGCACCCUCGCUUUCCACGAUGCUGCCAAGUCGUGGCAGGACCCCGCCCUCGUCGGCCUGCCGACCCUCGAGUUCGCCCCGUACCCCAAGAUGCCCGGCGGCCGCCGUCGCAACGACAACCGCCAGGGCACCAUCGACCAGGACCAGGACUUCAAGGACUUCCUCGAGAGCCUGACCAAUCCCAUCACCAAGCCGCCUGCCCCGGAAGCCGACCACGCCAAGGACGUCAAGGUGAAGACAACCCCGCUGAUUGAGGCCCUGCGUGAGAAAAAGGCAAACAAGGAGAAGCCAGCCGGCAAGGGGCGCAGCGGCCGUGGAGAAAAGGACCUUGCUGCCGAGAAGAAGCUGCUUGCGAAGCCGGGCAAGGAGAACGGCCCUGUCGCCGGAGACAAGUCCCGCAAAUCAGCCAAGCCAGACAAGGCCCAAGCGACCAAAGACGCUGUCAAGAUUCUGAACAAGGAGGCCCUGGCCUCGAAGAAUGCGAAUGCUGCUGCCGACAAGGCCUCUGCCAGCCCGGCUCCGGAGCGCAAACGCGCCAACGUCGCUCUUGCAAAGUCAAUGCUCCAGCGUGAUCUUGGUGUCGGCCCUGGUCCUGCUCCCAACCGUCGCCGUGGGACAAAGCGAGAGGCUGCGGGCGUCGACACUGCCGCUCCAGCAAAGGAUGCACCCGCGUCGGAGCCAAAGCCCAAGGAAACACCCGCUGCCCAGCAUGCUGCGCUUCCGGCUGACAAGGCCGCCCAAGCGUCGCAGAAGAAGGAACGCCCGACUCGCGCCGAGCGCAGGGCAUUCAAGGCCUCUCUAGCAGACACCACCAACGGCAGGCCUGCUACAAGCGAUGCCAAACCUCAAGCUACUGGCAAGGCAUCGGCAACACCAUCACCCCAGAUUCUGAAAAAACCCCAGCCUGCACAGACACCAGCACCCAAGGGCCCAGCAACAUCACGUGCUCCGCCUACCGAGCCUGCUGCGACAAGGACGACAUCCACGCCCGUCAAGGCACAGACCCCAGCUCCCGCCGCUGCUGCAAGGUCGACGCCAUCUCGUCCAGUCCCCGACGCAACCAGCAAGCAGGCGUUCCUCAAGCACGCCAAUCCUUCCCAGGGCAUCACGGAGCCGUUGAUCGAAGAGGCGCUCAAGGUCUUUGGUGCGCUCGACAAGGUCGAGAUCGACAAGCGCAAGGGAUUCGCAUACGUCGACUUUGCAGAGCCCGACGGUCUACGCAAAGCCAUGGCCGCUAGUCCUAUCAAGAUUGCCCAGGGCGCUGUACAAGUGCUUGAACGCAAAGCUCCUGUUGCCAGGGGCCCGCGCUUCAACCCGCCACCCCAAGGUCCGCCCCACGGUACACCUCAGGGACCGCCCCAUGGUCCGCCUACAGGACCAGCUCGUGGCGGCCGUGGCGGCUUUGCACCUCGGGGACGUGGCCGUGGAGGAGCCCGAGGAGGGUCGAAUACCGCUGCCGCUCCGGCUCCAGCCUCUGCCGCACCUGCUGCUGCAGCUCCUCCUGCGGCCCCUGCAAGUGCAGUCGGACACGCCACAUGAGCUUCCACGACAUCUGUUCAAUAUGGUCAACCAGGUGCUUGCUGCAAGCAUGAGCCAUCUCAGCUGAAGCAGAAAGCGCUCUG